AUGAAUCACCCACGACGUAUUGAGCGAGUCUCUCGCGUGAUCAAGGGGUCACGUACAUCCUCUUCUCCCGUCAACGACCAAAGGUUACAACUAACCAAGCCGCUGACAUUCACGCAUUAUAGCCAAGCCAAGCCACAGUCAGCACAAGUCGAAAAUGCGUAUCCGCAAAGGGUCGAAUACGUUUACCUCUACACAGUCGAGAUGAAACGAGAGGUUGCUAGUAUAGCUGCCGAGACACAAGCCAUCAAAACAGAUUACAGAUUUAGGGUUGCUCGAUUGCAGCGUGACAUCGCACAGAUGCAGCGUCGACUAGACCAGAUGGAGCGUUCAAAAACAUAG